AAGCCAGAAGAAGGCCUGGCCUGGUGAAGUCUCUCCCCUCACAGGUCUUCCUCCAGGCAUUGCUCCCUUAUGAGGAGUCCCAGGGCUGGAGGGUGGGGCAAGGCAGGUGGAAGAAGGCCUUGCCUGAUGAAGAAAGCCUUGCCAACACUGCCUCAGGAUAUUGUCAGGGAUGAAACAAAGGGCAGCCUUGUUUGCCCAUUUAGAAAGGAAGAGGAAGGAUGGCAGGAAGGGGCCUUGGGCUGCAACAGAAGACUAUCCGCUGUCAUUUGUAUAAUAUUAAUAAACCCGACACCGAGGAGAACAGACGGAAGAAUCUAGUUCUUUUUACUUCAGUUGGUCUUGCUCCCAGCAUCCAGAUCUUCAACAGUACCUACUCCAAAGUCUUCUACUUCAAAAUGACUCUGGGAGAAGGUGUGGAUUCGUGGAGUAUUGAAAUCAACCGAGAAGAGUUAACAUAUAAUACAGAUAUUAAUCCAAUUGAGGAAUGGUUUGUAAAAUUUAAUAUGCAUCAUGGUUUAAAUAUGUUCACUACUACGGGAACCUUGUUGGAUGUCAUACGAGAUCCUCUUCUUCAGUGGUAUUGGACCCUUGGUGAAUCCCUGGAUAUUAAUGAUACAUUGUCUGAAGUAGCCAAUAUCCAAAUAGCAAAAACUCCUUGUGCAAGUGAUGUAGCAUUACUUGGUCUGAUCUAUAAAACUAAAAAUAUAGGACUAAUUUUAGGAUUGACUGACAAUGGAUUUACGGGUGAGGAUACGGUAUGGUUUAACUUGUCUGCUACCAUUUGUGCCAUCUUGGAAAACGAUUGUUACGGACUUGCGCUUGUGGAUCUCACCGUAACAAAUACUCGUCUUGUACUCCUCACCUCACUAGGAUUAUUUAUCAGUGAUGAUCUGCGCAUUGUAACUGGAAAGCUGUUGCAGUUCAACAAACCAACCUUAUGUGGCUUUGAAAUGGAUGAUUAUCUUAAAGCUGAAAUAUGGUACAGCCGCCAGUGUCUAGCUAAUAAAGAAUUAUAUGAAACGGACUAUGUUGGUCUGUCAUUCAACAAAGAUAAGUCAUUGAGCCAGGAAUCCACUUGUUUCUAUAGCAAUGAUACAUUUCAAAAAUGGCAUAGCUGCUUGCCUCACAAAAUGAAAGGUGAAAGGCACUUAUCCAGACGGGUGGUUUCUUUUCUUGUUGAUUAUGAACAGAACACUGGCAUCGCUUUGUUAUCUCAACAGAAUCGGGCAUUGAUAUCAGUGCAUAAGUUAACAGACGGCAGCAUGAAUAAAAAAAGAAAAUUCCCAGCCUUCUGGUUUCCAGAUCCGCGAUUUAUACCAAAUGGAUUGUAUUUUCACACAAACAGCCAUUUUCUGUAUGCAUAUGGCAAUCAGGUGUGGAUUUCUUAUGAUGGAGGCAUCAAUUUUGCACCAUUAUUUACUUUAAAUGCUGAGAUGGUUAUAGAUGUAGAUUCAUGUGUUUACACCCAAGCGAUUAUAUUUGUGACUGACGCGGCAAACCUUUUGUACACUAAGGCAGGUUUACUGAGAUAUGCCAAGGUUUUCGCCCCGGCAAAGGGUAUCUUCAACAUGUACUUUGACCACCUGGGAAUAUUAAAUCAUAUUUCUCUGAAUCAUACAAUUGACUCAUUUGUAAAAGAGACGAGUGUGGAUGUGGACACUUUAUUGAAGGAUAUUGACUUAGGUUUUGAAUUUCCUUUGGCUGUACAGUAUAUCACUGAAGAGCAGAUGUUACUUUUAAACCACGAGCCACUGAUAGCAACAAAACGUGAGAGAUUCAGUAAUCUGCAAAGAGGCAAAAGAUUAGAUUAUGGGCCAGGAGGAUCGUGUAUAAUCAGAGAGGUUUUUAGGACGCCAGCUCCUCCGGGCUUUAUAUCAUCUGUACUGGUAGAUGUUCUUGAUCGGUUUCCUGUUGAAUCUAAACUUGAUAGCCCUUGUACAGCAAAUACUUUAAGAGUUUUGCCCCCUACAGGGACCAGUAUAUCAUACAGGCUUCAGCUGACUUCUCCAGGUGUGAAUAUAUUUAAACCAACCGAUCUUGAGAAAACAGUGGUGAUUCCAGGCAGUAGCAGUUUCUUCAUUGUUCAAGUUGUGAAUGACCAAAAUGCUUUAGGAGAUGCUACCAUGCCUAAUAGGUUGCUUUUAAAUACAGACAUUCCACCUGGGAGGUGGUUCUUGUAUGACUUUGGCACUGUAAAUAAAAGAAAAUGGAAAAUUGUUGUUGACAUAUGUAGAUAUACAAUACAACAGUUUGAUGACCUACCACGCCAUGCCAUUAAAUACUUGGAUAUUGGGUCAAAGCUGGAAUUGAAAUUCAGAGUGACUCCAAUUAAUGUAGCGUAUAAUGUGUUUCAUAAUAGGCUAAUUCACAUUGUAAUUGGAAGGCCUUCUCUACUGGAUGUGAGAACAAAAACUUAUUAUGACGACAACAAUAGCAAUUUAAUCGAUAUCACUGUUCAUAGUAGAUUUUUUGAAAAGGGUAAAACCACCAUAGCUGUGAUCGCAUUGGGAUCUCUCCGAUGUGAAGUGGUAACUCUUGUCUUAACGCUGAAGAAUUCCUGCUCCUAUCUUAAAUCAAUGCACUAUGUUCUAUCUGCUAAAACCUCUCCUUCGGACUGGCUAGUUGAGGAUGUCAGCGCUGAACCAAAUGGCUCAGCGAUUGCCAGACUUUUAAAGCAGCUACCGGUGAACUACAGGCCACCAUCUGUUUUGGGAAUUGCUGUUCCACUCACAGAAAACUUCUAUAAUGCUGACCCCAGCAAACCUAAACUGAGGGAUUAUUUUACAAAUUCAAAAAAUUCUGGACGGUACAAGCAAUGUGCUGGCAAGUCAAAGCGCUCCGAAUGUGGAUGUACAGAAAAUAUGAAGCUGUCCUUUUCUGUUGCCUUUUCUGAUUGCAAGGAGAAGGCCCUGCGAAUGAAAUUCCCAGUAUCAAGGCUUCCUCUCUAUUUCACCAUUGAGGAUGAGGGUCGUUCUGUAAAUCUGACAUCUCCUUAUUUUAUCACAAUCAUAGAAGUCAACAACAGAACCAACUGGAAAGUUUCAGGUACCAAUCAAACAUCAAGUAUGUUAAAAAUGAAAACAUAUUUGGAGCACAGACUCAAAACUGAACUGUAUAAUCCAGAUGGCCUAUCUAUAACGAUAACUAUGGCGCUGUUGCAGCUUUAUCUUGUGCUUGCAGCUGUUCUACAACUUUCAUCAGGACUUAGCUACAAUUUAAAUGUGGUGGCCAAUUCGAGUUUUUCUUGCUACACAGGAGAUGAGCGGAAUAUGUCAUCUAAGGCAAUUAAACUGUUUCUUUCAGAUAAAAGCUUGAUUGUCCGCUGUUAUCUGUAUAAUAUCAAUAAGCCCGACACCGAGGAGAACAGACGGAAGAAUCUAGUUCUUUUUACUUCAGCUGGUCUUGCUCCCAGCAUCCAGAUCUUCAACAGUACCUACUCCAAAGUCUUCUACUUCAAAAUGACUCUGGGAGAAGGUGUGGAUUCGUGGAGUAUUGAAAUCAACCGAGAAGAGUUAACAUAUAAUACAGAUAUUAAUCCAAUUGAGGAAUGGUUUGUAAAAUUUAAUAUGCAUCAUGGUUUAAAUAUGUUCACUACUACGGGAACCUUGUUGGAUGUCAUACGAGAUCCUCUUCUUCAGUGGUAUUGGACCCUUGGUGAAUCCCUGAAUAUUAAUGAUACAUUGUCUGAAGUAGCCAAUAUCCAAAUAGCAAAAACUCCUUGUGCAAGUGAUGUAGCAUUACUUGGUCUGAUCUAUAAAACUAAAAAUAUAGGACUAAUUUUAGGAUUGACUGACAAUGGAUUUACGGGUGAGGAUACGGUAUGGUUUAACUUGUCUGCUACCAUUUGUGCCAUCUUGGAAAACGAUUGUUACGGACUUGCGCUUGUGGAUCUCACCGUAACAAAUACUCGUCUUGUACUCCUCACCUCACUAGGAUUAUUUAUCAGUGAUGAUCUGCGCAUUGUAACUGGAAAGCUGUUGCAGUUCAACAAACCAACCUUAUGUGGCUUUGAAAUGGAUGAUUAUCUUAAAGCUGAAAUAUGGUACAGCCGCCAGUGUCUAGCUAAUAAAGAAUUAUAUGAAACGGACUAUGUUGGUCUGUCAUUCAACAAAGAUAAGUCAUUGAGCCAGGAAUCCACUUGUUUCUAUAGCAAUGAUACAUUUCAAAAAUGGCAUAGCUGCUUGCCUCACAAAAUGAAAGGUGAAAGGCACUUAUCCAGACGGGUGGUUUCUUUUCUUGUUGAUUAUGAACAGAACACUGGCAUCGCUUUGUUAUCUCAACAGAAUCGGGCAUUGAUAUCAGUGCAUAAGUUAACAGACGGCAGCAUGAAUAAAAAAAGAAAAUUCCCAGCCUUCUGGUUUCCAGAUCCGCGAUUUAUACCAAAAGGAUUGUAUUUUCACACAAACAGCCAUUUUCUGUAUGCAUAUGGCAAUCAGGUGUGGAUUUCUUAUGAUGGAGGCACCAAUUUUGCACCAUUAUUUGCUUUAAAUGCUGAGAUGGUUAUAGAUGUAGAUUCAUGUGUUUACACCCAAGCGAUUAUAUUUGUGACUGACGCGGCAAACCUUUUGUACACUAAGGCAGGUGUACUGAGAUAUGCCAAGGUUUUCCCCCCGGCAAAGGGUAUUUUCAACAUGUACUUUGACCACCUGGGAAUAUUAAAUUAUAUUUCUCUGAAUGAUACAAUUGACUCAUUUGUAAAAGAGACGAGUGUGGAUGUGGACACUUUAUUGAAGGAUAUUGACUUAGGUUUUGAAUGUCCUUUGGCUGUACAGUAUAUCACUGAAGAGCAGAUGUUACUUUUAAACCAUGAGCCACUGAUAGCAACAAAACGUGAGAGAUUCAGUAAUCUGCAAAGAGGCAAAAGAUUAGAUUAUGAGCCAGGAGGAUCGUGUAUAAUCAGAGAGGUUUUUAGGACACCAGCUCCUCCGGGCUUUAUAUCAUCUGUACUGGUAGAUGUUCUUGAUCGGUUUCCUGUUGAAUCUAAACUUGAUAGCCCUUGUACAGCAAAUACUUUAAGAGUUUUGCCCCCUACAGGGAGCAGUAUAUCAUACAGGCUUCAGCUGACUUCUCCAGGUGUGAAUAUAUUUAAACCAACCGAUCUUGAGAAAUCAGUGGUGAUUCCAGGCAGCAGCAGUUUCUUCAUUGUUCAAGUUGUGGAUGACCAAAAUGCUUUAGGAGAUGCUACCAUGCCUAAUAGGGUGCUUUUAAAUACAGACAUUCCACCUGGGAGGUGGUUCUUGUAUGACUUUGGCACUGUAAAUAAAAGAAAAUGGAAAAUUGUUGUUGACAUAUGUAGAUAUAUAAUACAACAGUUUGAUGACCUACCACGCCAUGCCAUUAAAUACUUGGAUAUUGGGUCAAAGCUGGAAUUGAAAUUCAGAGUGACUCCAGUUAAUGUAGCGUAUAAUGUGUUUCAUAAUAGGCUAAUUCACAUUGUAAUUGGAAGGCCUUCUCUACUGGAUGUGAGAACAAAAACUUAUUAUGACGACAACAAUAGCAAUUUAAUCGAUGUCACUGUUCACAGUAGAUUUUUUGAAAAGGGUAAAAGCACCAUAGCUGUGAUCGCAUUGGGAUCUCUCCGAUGUGAAGUGACAACUCUUGUCUUAACGCUGAAGAAUUCCUGCUCCUAUCUUAAAUCAAUGCACUAUGUUCUAUCUGCUAAAACCUCUCCUUCGGACUGGCUAGUUGAGGAUGUCAGCGCUGAACCAAAUGGCUCAGCGAUUGCCAGACUUUUAAAGCAGCUACCGGUGAACUACAGGCCACCAUCUGUUUUGGGAAUUGCUGUUCCACUCACAGAAAACUUCUAUAAUGCUGACCCCAGCAAACCUAAACUGAGGGAUUAUUUUACAAAUUCAAAAAAUUCUGGACGGUACAAGCAAUGUGCUGGCAAGUCAAAGCGCUCCGAAUGUGGAUGUACAGAAAAUAUGAAGCUGUCCUUUUCUGUUGCCUUUUCUGAUUGCAAGGAGAAGGCCCUGCGAAUGAAAUUCCCAGUAUCAAGGCUUCCUCUCUAUUUCACCAUUGAGGAUGAGGGUCGUUAUGUAAAUCUGACAUCUCCUUAUUUUAUCACAAUCAUAGAAGUCAACAACAGAACCAACUGGAAAGUUUCAGGUACCAAUCAAACAUCAAGUAUGUUAAAAAUGAAAAAAUAUUUGGAGCACAGACUCAAAACUGAACUAUAUAAUCCAGAUGGCCUAUCUAUAACGAUAACUGGAUCUGAGCUUUUCCAUUUCAGGGUAUCAACUAUUCCUGGAGUCUCCUUUUGUAACUUAUUUGACGAAUUUCAGAUUUAUAUUGACGAUUCUCCACUGGCAUUCCCAGGAAACUCUCUUAUCACUUCAAUGACGACUAUUUUAAUGGGAGGCAUUAUUUUUGUGGCAUAUAUUCUGUAUGUAUUUGAAAUUGAGAUAUGGAACUUCUUAAAAAGGAAACUAAGAAGAAAUAAAGUGGCAUCAAAACCCCCACCCAAGAGAGAUUCAGUAAAUUCUGGUGAUUCUGCAGGAAGUUGACUGGCAAUAGUAAUAACGUUAUAAUAAUGUGUUGGUUUUUAAGACCCCCUAUUGCUUUUAUCAGUAACUAUGUACCACAAAUGUUAAUGGUAUUUUUUUGGAAUGAACAUAUGUACAACUAUUUCAUCUUUAGCUGUAGUCUUUCUGUUUAGGAAAAAUAUUUUUGAAAAGAUGUGAUGAAUUUUCACUUGUUGUUCCUUAGGAUGAAACGCAUUUAGUAGCUGCUUGUCAUGAAUUUUACUGAAGUUUAUUGGGCAAGAUUCCCCCCCCCCCCGAAAAUGUCACUGAAGCAGCAUACAAUAAAAUAGUUCUCAUAUUUAAAAUACACUGCAUUGCUAAAUGUGUCUACUUACGCCUCUGUUUAUUUUAAUGUACAGGUUAUUUCUGGAACUCUCUAGCUUUCUCCA